UGGACAUUUCGCGCGCACAUGUCGACCCUCAAACAGGUCCUCGACCGUUUGGAUCUGGCGCGAUAUCACGAUGCCUUUGUCGACGAGGGUUUCGACUCUUGGGACACGCUCAUGGACGUCACCGAAUCGGAUCUUGAGGCUCUCAACGUGAAACUUGGUCAUCGACGAAAACUUCAGCGAGCCAUUCUCAAUGCAUCCAAAGACAGAACCCCUCUUCCACUGCUUUUGCACUCUGCCUCGCGCGACGAGUCUGCUGGCCUGGACGAGCCCAAAAAGACCCAAACACCACACUUUCGGCAACAAAACUCGAUAGAAUCACAAGAACAGGAUGCUGCAGCCCGGAACAAUGGCCCACCACAGAGGAGCAAACGGAAGUACAGGCGGCAUCCCAAAGCAGACGAGCACGCGCCGGAGCGACCUCCGUCAGCAUAUGUCAUCUUCUCAAAUCAGAUCCGCGAUCAGCUCAAGGGCAAAGACCUCUCGUUCACUGAGAUUGCUAAGCUCGUUGGGGAGCGAUGGCAGGAACUAGGACCAAAUGAGAAGGAGCCAUGCGAACGCGAAGCCCAGGCGCUCAAAGACAAGUACUACUCGGAGCUGAGGCAGUACAAGAAGACGCCGCAGUACAAGCAGUAUCAGGAUUACCUGAUCGAGUUCAAGGCAAAGCACUCGGGCGAA